AUGCAGGAGAGGUCGCAGGGAUCCCAGCAGUUCUUCCCUGAAGGGGUUUGGUGUGGAUCGCCUGGGGCCGGGUGGUGUGAUGUGCUACCCGUCACAGAGGCAGCGGCAGCGGUGGCGGGGGGAGGGGCUGCGGCGGCAGCAGCACUCUUUGUGAUGCGAUGUUUCAGACCAUUGCGAUGUCCCAGCGGUGGCAACGGCCGAGCUCUGUAUGAAGAGCAGGUUGUGAUGUUGGGGUCCCCAGCCCCCCGGGGCGAGAUCUUUUCUUUCCAAUCAAGGUAUAUUCAGGAUCCUAAUAAAAUUCCAGAAACACUGGACAAUGAUGUAACUCAGAAUCUAUUAACUAAAGCCGUUGAAACUUGCUUUGUUGGACAAAGCUUUAUUUUUGGAGUAACGAAUUUUGAAAUCCAACAUGGACAAGGUUCAAAUUUCAGUGACUUUUUACAGCAGUGUCCUAACCACAAAAGAGAAGUCAAGGCACUAGUAGCUUGCCAGAUUCUUCUACCAAACCCAGGUGUUGCAGGCUUUACUGUCAUUGACUACUUUAAUCAGCUUUUACAAAAGACUUCUACUUUCAGGAAACUUCACUAUGGCUCCCAGGUACCUAAUAGCCACUUACUUGCUUUAGAUCAUUCAAAUAGUGAUCUCAGCAGCCUGUGUAGCUCUGACAGCAGUUUUUAUUUUUUUGAGUCCUGCAGCAGAGAUAAUUUUUCAAGAUUUUGGCAGCCAUCACUUGAACUCACUUCCAGUGUUUCACAGGUAACAGAUAAUGAUGAUUUGAAGACUUCAGAACAAAGUAAGGCCUUUGGUAAUCUUCACCAGAAUAAAAAGUACCUCUCCAUUGGAGAGACCACUGGUUCCAGUAACUACCAUGAUUCCAUUCAGGGUUCAUGGAACCUGGUUUCGUGCAUGGAUAAAAAGAGUACAGCAGAAAAGUUGGGUGAAGAAAUUGGCUUACCAGCUAAUCAGUUGAGUGCUGUUCACAGCAGUCAUCAUGAAAUUGGAGUUACUGACUCUGAGUUAUUCCCACUGAAAAUAGAACAGCUCCUUGAGUUAAGUAAUACAAAGUCUAUCCACAGUGCAGUGGAAAUUAAAAGUAGGUCUCAGCAUGAGCUACCAUGUUCCAGGCACUGUGUUGUAGAUACCCCCACUGGCCUUCAAGAGAGAGUUGCAUGCUGUCCACUGUCAUCACUUAGAGAUGAAAAGAUAGCUGGCAGUUCCCAGGAAGGCGACCCCAUGAUUUGGGAUGAUCUGCCAUUCUCUGAAAGCCUGAACAAGUUUCUGGCAGUUAUUGAUAGUGAGAUUGCUGUAACCCAGACAGAUGCCAGUAAUGGGAAACAUCAUAUAGUUAACAACUCUGAUAACCUUCAUGAAGAUCACAGCAGGUUGUCUGUGACUCCCCAGAGAACUACUAGAGCCCUGCAUAUAUCAUCUGUAGCUGUAAGAUCAUCACACGCAACACUCAAAGCAAACUCUAGCCAACAUAACUUCCUUUUCAACUGUAAAGCAAAUCCAAGUCCUAGUGUUCGAAAGAGGUUACAACCAGAUAACACAGCAGACACUGUAAGUAGUAGCAGAAGAGAUAUUUUGGAACAUUUUCCACCAAAUGCUUCUCUGUCUACUCUGUUUUCACUUUCAAAAGGUUUAGAAACAGCAGUUACUCUUAAGACUAUCAGAACUCCACCACAUAAGGAGAGAGACCAUACUUGUUUCAAUAUCAAAUAUUUUAAUGGAUGUGGAGAAAAGUCACUUUCAGAAAUGAACGAAAGGUUGACAACUUUGUGUUGUAGGAAAUAUAAUGAUGUUUCUCAUCUUUGCAAAUUAGAAGAUAAACAAAAUUAUAGGUGGCCAAAGAGCCAAGAUAACAGUUUUACAAUUUGCAGAAAACUUACAUAUCCUUUAGAAACUCUUUGCAGUAGUCCAAAUAGAGAUACAAAUACAGUGAAAGAAAUAUCUUAUGGACAUAUCAAUAGUAGUUUGGCACAGAGCUGUUCUGAUGCUCAUGAAGGUAGCUAUGAUGCUUCUGUUGAUCUCUUUGGUGAUGUUGCUAAAGAAAUGGACAUUACAACAGAAAUUACCCAAUGGUUAAUGUCUUUGGCAGAAAGUCAUCCUUCAGGGUCUGACUUUUCACUGAGAUCACUUUCUGAAAACUCUAGCCAACCUUCAGAAAAAUUAUCCUUACAAAGCAUAUCUGCCUCUGCGUGUCCAAGAACAUGCUCUCCUCCAUCUCAUUUUCAAUCUGAUUUAGAAUAUAAUUUUGAAAAUAGCCAAGACUUUGUUCCAUGUUCACAGUCAACUCCCAUUGCAGGAUUCCACCAAACAAGAAUUCACAGCAUAAAUGGAGCUUUCAAAAGAUUACCUGCUUUUUGUUCAGAUCUUGAUGCAAACUAUAAAAAAGCAAGUAUUUCCCCUGAAAAUGACAAACAGCAAGCCACCCCAAGCUGUCCAAAAAAUAUAAAAACAGCUAACUGGAAAUCUACAAGCCCUGUGAUAUCUGGUAUUACACAAACAAAGGUUUUCAACCACUAUCCUUUUGCUGAGUGCCAUGAAACUGAUAGUGAUGAAUGGGUUCCACCUACCACACAAAAAGCAGUUCUUUCAAAUAUGCUUGGAUUACAGCUCACAAGUCUAAGGAGAUGCCUUGCUGCCCAUAAUUCCCCUGAUCAGCAAGAGUUACCAAGAAAGAAACUGAAACAUAUCAAACAAAGAACUUACAAAUGUUUCAUUAAGAAGAAACAGAAGAUAGUAACAAAACAUAAAACUCUUAAAUAUAACUGUAAAAACUCAGGCUGGGUUUCCAAUUGUCCAGCUGCUCAAGUCUUAGCAGCACCUCUGCUGAACCCUGUUCUUGAACUUGAAUCUUGUUCAGAAGUCAAAUGUUGCCUUCCAUUUUCAGCAAAUUCCCCACCAUCAGUGUCUGAAACUAAAAGUGCUUGGUCACCUGAAUUGUUUUCAUAAAAAGUCACCUGGAUCAAUUCCUGAUCUUUUAAAGGUCAAUCUGUUUGGAAAAAUUUGCCUUCGAUGGUAUGGAAAUCAUUCUUUAUAUUUUAAACACUCAGAGAGAAGCAAAUAGAAAAGGGGGACUGUACUGAUGAUGCCUUUUAAAAUGUUGUAAAGCCAUUGUUUUCCCAGAGUUUUAUCCAGAAUACUAUGACGCAGAUAAGUGGGCACUUUAUCUUAUAAUUUAGUGUUAAUUAUACUUUACUAGUACUGUUAAUACUGCCUUUAAAAAAUUUGUCAAAAAUCCAUGUACAUUCAGAAAUAAAGC